CUAUGAUACUGCUUCACGUUUUUGAAAUAUCCUUGUUCGAGAAUUCUAAAGAAUUCAGUAAUAGUAUCGUAUGUGUUUGAACGGCUCACGAGAGGGAUAAAAAGAGAGUUCGCGCAGCACGAUAAGAAUAAUUCGGUCACGUCAAAUGUGGUGUAAUGGAUAAAUCAAUAUUGCAAAACAUAGUAACUAUUUCUAAAUUACAUCCAGUAGAAAAUGGUCAGAAAGAUUACGUAAAAGUGGAACUAAAAGAUGAACAGGAAUAUACAUUAAACGAUAAAUAUGGUGAACAGACACUUGAGAAAAGUGCUGCUUGGGAAGAUGAAAAAGAAUCAUGUAUUAUUAUAUCAGAGGAAAAAGAUACAAUUGGAGACACGAAUAAAAAUUAUAAGGUUAAGGAACAUAACCAAAGGUUGAAUAACGACCCAAAUGCAAGAACCGCAUACAUAGCCAGCGGAGGUCCAUACCAGAGAAGGGCGGAUAUUGUUGAGGUCCCGGAAGCACCCGUGCUACGUAAUAUGGAUGCUGAGCUUCGCCAGGAUGCUAUAAGACGAAGACGCAGUUCUCACUAUUAUGAAGAAGUAGACAUUAUAUUCCAAGACCCGACUAUACGCCUACACUUUAUAAGAAAAGUUUAUAUGAUCCUGGCUUUAAUGUUGCUGUGUACGUUUGGUUUCACAACUUUAUGUAUAUUUGAAAAAUACACGAAGUUGUGGAUACUGGAACAUCCGUAUGUUGUGGUUAUUGCCCUGGGAAUAAAUAUAAUAACGACUAUCGCAUUGAUGUGUUGCCAGUGUGCUAGAAGAGUAUUUCCUCUAAACUUGCUGCUUCUGGUUUUGGUGACUAUGUCCAUGUCUUACGUCGCAGCUUUUGUUUCCUGUUUUUAUGACACACAAAUUGUGAUGUCGGCGUUUGGUGGCACAGCACUUAUAUGCAUCGUGCUAACGUUUAUUGCCUGUCAAAACUGGUUUGACAUAACAACUUGGGGAAUUUACUUCUGCAUAGCCGGUCUCAUAGUGAUUGUAUAUGGGGUAGUUGCAGGGGUAGUAUAUGCAUUCACUGGAAACCCGAUUUUAAAUCUCAUCUAUUCGUGCCUAGUUUGUCUACUAACGUCCAUGAUUUUGAUAUACGAUACUCAACAAGUUGUAGGCGGAAAGAGAAUCCAACUGUCUCCCGAAGAAUACAUCCUUGGAGCUUUGCAGCUCUACGUAGAUAUUAUCACUAUAUAUAUCUUCAUUUUGGAUAUAUUCAGCGGGUAUCAAUGACCAAUGUUUUCGUACGCUCUAAGUAUAAUAAUGGAAAAUAAACAGUAAAUCACCCAUGUAGCA